CCCAAUCUCUCCACUCUCCGGCUCUCCUCCCUCCCUCCUCCCCCCCUCCACCCUCUGGGCCGGAUCUCGUCUCGCUGAGGCGGAGGAGGAGAAGGAGGAGGAGGACGUUCGGCCUGCGCAGUGAGAUGUUUGUCCGUCGCCGCCGCCGCCGCCAUCGCGGAGGAGCGCGAUAAAGGGAGCCGAGCCGGGCGUGAGGGGGACCCCGCGGAGCCGCCGCGCCAGCGCAGCCCCCCCUCAGCCGAGCCCGAGCCGCCGGAGCCCGAGCCGCCGCCGCCCCCGCCGCGGCCGCCCAGGGGCCGGCCAGCUCCUCAGCCCAGCCCGGGGGCCGCACCGCCGCCCCCAGCGUAGCCCCUCGCCUGCCCGCCCGCCUUAAAUGUGACACCGGCGCCUCGGAGUGCGACCCGAAGCCGCCGCCGGGGAGGGGACGAGCACCAUGUCGAAUCUGAGCAAAGGCACGGGCAGCCGGAAGGACACCAAGAUGCGGAUCCGGGCCUUUCCGAUGACCAUGGAUGAAAAAUAUGUAAACAGCAUUUGGGACCUUCUGAAAAAUGCAAUUCAAGAAAUCCAGCGUAAGAAUAACAGUGGUCUUAGUUUUGAGGAGCUCUAUAGAAAUGCUUAUACAAUGGUUUUGCAUAAACACGGAGAAAAGCUCUACACUGGACUAAGAGAAGUUGUUACCGAACAUCUCAUAAAUAAGGUGCGAGAAGAUGUACUAAAUUCAUUGAAUAACAACUUUCUUCAAACGCUAAAUCAAGCUUGGAAUGAUCAUCAAACAGCUAUGGUGAUGAUUAGAGACAUACUAAUGUAUAUGGACCGUGUAUAUGUACAACAAAAUAAUGUGGAGAAUGUCUACAAUUUGGGAUUAAUUAUUUUUCGAGAUCAAGUUGUACGUUAUGGGUGUAUUAGGGAUCAUCUACGACAAACACUAUUGGACAUGAUCGCAAGAGAGCGGAAAGGAGAAGUUGUAGAUCGGGGCGCAAUAAGAAAUGCUUGCCAGAUGUUAAUGAUUUUAGGUCUCGAAGGACGAUCCGUCUAUGAAGAAGAUUUUGAAGCUCCUUUUUUGGAAAUGUCUGCAGAAUUUUUUCAGAUGGAAAGCCAGAAAUUUUUAGCAGAAAACAGUGCUUCAGUAUAUAUAAAGAAAGUAGAAGCUAGAAUUAAUGAAGAAAUAGAACGGGUGAUGCACUGCCUUGACAAAUCAACCGAAGAGCCAAUAGUAAAGGUGGUUGAGAGGGAACUCAUUUCCAAGCACAUGAAAACUAUAGUAGAAAUGGAGAAUUCUGGGCUAGUACAUAUGCUGAAAAAUGGAAAGACAGAAGACCUCGCUUGCAUGUACAAGUUAUUUAGUCGCGUGCCAAAUGGCUUGAAAACAAUGUGUGAGUGUAUGAGUUCCUAUUUGAGGGAGCAGGGUAAAGCCCUUGUUUCUGAGGAAGGAGAAGGAAAGAAUCCUGUUGACUAUAUCCAGGGAUUACUGGAUCUGAAGAGUAGGUUUGAUCGCUUCCUCCAGGAAUCGUUCAAUAAUGACCGGCUCUUUAAACAAACUAUUGCGGGUGACUUUGAGUAUUUUCUCAACCUCAACUCCAGGUCCCCUGAAUACCUCUCAUUAUUUAUUGAUGAUAAGCUGAAAAAGGGAGUCAAAGGGCUAACAGAACAGGAAGUAGAAACAAUAUUGGAUAAGGCAAUGGUCCUUUUUAGGUUUAUGCAAGAAAAAGAUGUAUUUGAACGUUAUUAUAAACAACACUUGGCAAGGAGACUUCUCACAAAUAAAAGUGUUUCUGAUGACUCUGAAAAAAAUAUGAUAUCUAAGUUAAAGACUGAAUGCGGAUGUCAGUUCACAUCAAAACUGGAAGGAAUGUUUCGGGAUAUGAGCAUCUCAAACACAACUAUGGAUGAAUUCAGGCAGCAUCUACAGGCAACUGGGGUAUCUUUAGGUGGUGUUGAUCUCACAGUCCGGGUGCUCACAACAGGAUAUUGGCCCACUCAGUCAGCCACACCAAAGUGCAACAUCCCACCAGCACCAAGACAUGCUUUUGAGAUAUUCAGAAGGUUUUACUUAGCCAAACACAGUGGUCGACAGCUCACGCUCCAGCAUCAUAUGGGUUCUGCAGAUCUCAAUGCCACCUUUUACGGACCAGUUAAAAAGGAAGAUGGGUCCGAAGUUGGUGUUGGAGGGGCCCAAGUAACUGGCUCUAAUACACGGAAGCACAUACUGCAGGUCUCCACUUUCCAGAUGACCAUUUUAAUGCUCUUUAACAAUAGAGAAAAAUACACGUUUGAGGAAAUUCAACAAGAGACCGAUAUUCCUGAAAGAGAGCUUGUUCGAGCCUUGCAGUCCCUCGCCUGUGGUAAACCAACCCAGCGGGUUCUCACGAAAGAACCCAAGUCAAAGGAAAUAGAAAAUGGUCACAUAUUUACAGUUAAUGAUCAGUUCACAUCCAAACUACACAGAGUCAAGAUUCAAACAGUUGCUGCCAAACAAGGUGAAUCUGACCCAGAAAGGAAAGAAACGAGGCAGAAAGUAGACGACGACAGAAAACAUGAGAUAGAAGCUGCUAUAGUGCGGAUAAUGAAGUCCAGAAAGAAGAUGCAGCACAAUGUAUUAGUAGCAGAGGUAACUCAGCAGUUGAAGGCUCGAUUCUUACCAAGUCCAGUUGUUAUUAAGAAACGUAUUGAAGGACUUAUUGAGAGAGAAUAUUUGGCACGAACACCUGAGGAUCGCAAAGUAUACACAUAUGUAGCAUAAAAUGCGUUCAGAAAUUUGAUUUAUUGGACUGUACUUUUCGCAUGGACUGAGAAGUUCUUUUAAAUCAUUAAAUAUUAAGACGGCCAUCUCUGCUAUUAAAUUACAGUACAUGUUCUAGACCAUUCAGAUCAAGCCUUUACUCCCUUUGAGAGUUUUCAACAUCAAUUGAUUGAGCUUCAGGCUUUACGUUUAUCCCUGUAGAGAUCAUCUUUACAGUUCCUCGGGAAAAUGUGAAUGUGCUGCGUUUUGUUUUCAAUACUGUAUGAAAACAGGAAAAAAUAAAACAAAAAUUUAGAAAAUACAGCUCAUUAAAAUAAAAUCGUUGGAUUUCAUUUC